UUCGUACUGAUCAGCGGAAGAGUGCAUAUUUAAUUUUAGAUUUAAUAAGUUAUUUUUAACGGCGGGGUGAAGUGAGAUAAUAUGAAGAGGAAGGGUGUGGUUGGUGGUGGGGGGAGGUUUGUGCUCUUACUCGUCCUUGGUCUCUGCGGUUUUUGCUGGGUUGAGGGGAGUUUGGAUCGAAGCGAUGCAGUCAUCGGAGCGUCGCAUCCGUACGAAAGCUGGUCACGACCCCCGCAGGGUGGGUGGGGUGGAGGUACGCAGGGAUCGUACUACCACUACCACGUGCCACUCGUCGGUCAGCAGCAAGGGUGGGGUUGGGCAGCAGAAGGAGGGAAAGGAGGUCACGACAUCCUCCUCUGGGUUUUAGUCGGUCUGUUAGCCUUGGCCGCGCUGGGCUCCCUUCUUCUCCCCCUGCUCUUAAUCCCCCUCGGAUUAUCCCUCCUCGCCCUUUUAAUGGGAGGCAUGAUGAUGAUGGCGGGCGGUGGGAUGAUGAUGAUGAUGAUGAUGAUGAUGAUGCCACAACCUCAAGCCGCCAGAACCGAAUUGGUUGGACGGGCCUUGGAAACCGUGAGCAAAAUGGUGGCUGGUGACACGGAGGGGGCAGUGUCAAAUCUUUUGAGCACGCUCGAACUAGAAAGUUACUGUCCGGAGAGGGCCGUCUGCAAUAUGGGCCAUUCUCUGGCAGGGCUGCCACUUCCGGGUGGACUUGGUGCCGCUGAAUGGAUGGGGGAAGGAGUUCAAACAGUGGGAAAUUGGGGUAAAAAGGGGUGGUCCCUGAUGGCACCUUAUUUCCUCCCCGCCACGAAGAACGUCCGCUUGGGAAGGAUGGUGAAACGGAUGGAGAAAGCCUUUUGGGCCGGACUACUGACCGGAAAUUGUGCCCGCUUGGAGAAGCGGUGCAAACGAUUAAGAGAGAAAAACCACCAUCUAAACCACCCCCACGACUACUGGAAUUUCCAGAAUGGGACUAUUCUGACCACAACGACGGCUCCAACAACGCCCCAACUUUUGGGUGAAAAUGACCCCCAACCCCACGUCGUCAUUGUUGACGAGAAUAAUCAAAACGACCUCAGCCAUCACCACUUUGUCAAACCGACUUUCUCCACACCAACCAUACUCGUGUAGUUAAUUAACAAUUAGUUAAUCGUGAUUAAUACCAACUAAAUUAUAAUUUUCCCCACAAAUUUUUCCUGACGCAGACUUACUUAUUAACCGACACGUGACAUGACUGACACCUCCUUGAAAUUUUCAAGAUGUUUUUUUUUAGAUUUUAUAUAUUUCGAGUUGCAGAAAAUCCUUGUGUAUCUUUUUUUUUUACUUGGGCACAUACACACCUUACUUUUGCCUUUCGAGUUACCUGUUUAAACUGAUUUUCGCUCUUGAACAAGCAAGUGUCAAGAGUUGACGGGAAGUAGAUUGGAUUUUUGUUUGACGUUGUCCUUCAUCUCGGAUGAAAUUGCUCUCCACCCUUUUCUGACCGGAUUUCUUAGACAAAUGCUCCAGUUAGAAAAUCAAAUGUGCUUUGUUACACGAUUUUCUGCUAUAUUUACUAAUUAAUUGGAGUGAGUGUGUGCACCUGAGGAGUGCAAUUUCUGUAUUUGUACAUAGCUGCAGGUAUGUAGGGCUUGCUUUCAACCAGUGAUUUGACACCUCUCCAGACACUGACAACAAACAGAAAAUUGGAAAAUUUGUACAAAUAAAUUGUUUUGACCAAAAAUGAGCAGAAAUUUAGAUGGAAAACUAAUACUUAAUUUGUUUCCCUCCAUUUCAAAAUUUGACCACAUUCAUAACAUAUUUUGAUUAAUAAAGAUGUAUAAAUUGAAAAAAAGAAGAUGAAGUGGACUUUUAACCAGUGAUUUGACACUGAUUACAAACAGAAAAUUGUGUAAGAUGAAAUUGUUUUCGACCAAAAAUGAGCACAAGUUUAGAUGAAAAUUUAAUGAAAAAAUAAUAAUUUGUAAAAA